GGAACCUACAUCGGUAGGUACGGGCUUAGCGAACCCGGGGACCCGAGCUUUAGGAGGCAAAUUUUUGUUCUCAAUAGUAACUACACGCGAGUUAAUAUUCGUAUCGUAGUAUCAAAUCAGUACAAUUAAACGUAGCUCAUUUUCACUUUGUUGUGAUAGAAUUUAUUUACUUACUAUAGAAUACAUCAUUUCAUUGAUAAAUCGGUCAUAAAAGAACAUCAUUAUUUUCAUAUAAGGUCAAACCACAAAGGAGACAAUAAUAUCUUUCGAAUAGUCUCUCUAGUAAAUAGACCUAAUAGCACAAACAUUACAUUCCAAAAAAACAUCCAAUCGGAACCUGAAGAAACUUGUUUGUAUAUCCAAGAAUUUCUUUAGAAAAACAUUGAAAGAAAAUGUAUUACAAACGAGCGCUGUCGGGGGUGACUCGUUCCCCACUACCUUACCAUCACUCGUCUCUUCCCGAGUGUCAUCGGGUACGUUCGCCGCAUCGAAGAUCGCCGCGGUUCGUCAGUCGCGCUUUAGCAGCCUUGCGCGAUGUAUCGCGGAAUUUAUAGGGGUAGGAAAGUUAAUGCUAGUGGUAAUGUGCUCGAUGUGACAAAGGCGACGUGUUGUAAGAUAUGAUACGGCACGUGGUGGUGCAUUGUUUAAUGUUGUUCUAGAAAAGAAAGAAAGAAAAUAAAGAAGCUCUCGUAACUAUUUUGCAUCGUUUAUUCGACCUUCGUUCUUUGUCGUUCAGUGUGGUGCUUCCUGUGCAUUUUAUUUCGAAGAAACGAAAUGACUCGGACGCGUGUAAAAAUUGGAAGAGGUUUACGGCCAAGGUAGCGCCGGCCUCGCGCGAUCGUCAGCCGAAGGGAACAAUUUCUUCGAUGGUUCGUCGACGAUCUCCGACCGAAGAUGAUUAUUCGAAGAAAGAUAUUAGAAAAAAACGACGACGCGAGUAACACCGGCGUGCCUUCUUCCCUUCUUCGAUUACUUCGUGCUGAAACGUCAAUGAUAUUCGUCUGGCGAAUUCUACCCCCUUCGUGAUACAAGAGUAACGCGAUUUACGCAUUAAGACAGAAGAAAACAAAAGGGGACUAACUUCCCAUAUAAAAGAAAAGAAUAAUCUUACUGUCUACUCUCUUAUCGAGUCUUCAAGUUGCAAUUUCGUGAAAGGUGUUUCGUGUUUCUCGUGGAACGACAAAGGAUGGACGAGAAAAUCGUCGGUAGAAGGAAUCGUCGUACCGCUCGUUAUGUUCUUGGUGGUGCGCGACGGCGUGCUCGUCGACGAAGUCAUCGACGAAGUCAUCGACGAAGAGGCUCCUCCGAGCUUGAAUUACUCGAGGACAAGCUGUCCUCUUCUUUCUUAUCUUCAGUAUCUCAUUUUAUACUCUUCUUCGUUGGAUCUUCGAGGAAACGUCGAAGGAAGGAAGAAGAAUUAUCCUCGUCGUUAUCCUUCAAGUUCGUCGGCUAUUUAGGAGCCCUUCUAUCAGGAGGGUCCGUGUGAUUGAAUGGAAACCGAAGUGAGUAAAAAGAGGAGCCGAUAUGCCUGGCAUCGUGGUAUUCCGACGACGGUGGAGCGUCGGCAGCGACGAUCUCGUUGUACCUGGUGCCUUCCUCUUCAUUUUGCAUCUUAUAUGCCUUAUCGAGUGAAAAUGAUUCGUUACACGAGAGAGAUAUGAGAUGUCAUCGUAUAUAUAUAUAGUACGAUAUCAUGUCCCUGCAAACAUUGUUAACGACCUGUAGGGUCGAGAAAUCUCCGCGUUUUGUACAAUCGGUAAUCCACGUAUGUUCGAAUUCGACGAGGAUAGCUUCGGCGGAUCGUGACAAAGAACGAGAAAUACAAUGAGCGAGUGGCAGGAAAUUGGCGAGCGUCCAUUCCAUUUUCGUAGAGCGAGUAAUCGGCCGUUUCUCGAUAUACGAUAGGUGACGGUACUCGGAGUCCUAUUGGGAAUCCUUCAAUGGGAUCGCAGUGUUAUGUGCAUAUUUCUUCUAUGGGAAUACAUAUUAGGCUAUCUCGUACUUUUCAUAGUUUCCAUGGUGGUCGAAUUUUCAAUCUGUUUCCUUGCAACGAGAGGCAGCAUUCUAGACACUGCGAUGAGGGCACCGAUGCAAUACAUACUUUAUAUUCGCUUAUUCCUCUUAUUGGUAGAAGCAGGAUGGUUAUGUGCAGGAAUAACUUGGUUAACAAGAUUUUAUCAAACCUGUCCCGUGGACCAAGCCAAGGAUGUGAUGCUGGGUUUGGUGAUAUCGAAUUGGUGUGUGUUGGCGUCGGUGAUGGUGACGGUAUGGUGUACGUACGACGCCGCCGGCAGAUCCUGGGUGAAAAUGAAGAAAUAUCAACGUAGCAUGAGGGAGGCGGAAUCGAGGAGCGGUAGAUUACACUAUAAACGCAGCGGCAGCAGAAACCGAAAUUGGCGACAACGAAAAGUUAUACGUGCCUAUCAAGAUAGCUGGGACAACAGAUGCAGAUUGUUGUUUUGUUGUAUGGGAAAUUCCGAUCGAAGUAGAAACUCUUUCGCUGACAUCGCCAGACUGUUGAGCGACUUUUUCCGUGACCUUGACGUGGUACCAUCAGACGUUGUGGCCGGGCUGGUGCUUCUACGAAAGUUUCAGAAAGUCGAAAGAGAACUGAUAGUAAAGCAAAAGAAAAACGACACGUAUGAGUUCCUCUCAGGCGUACCAGUAACGCCUCGUACUAAGUUUCUCUCCUUGACCGAGGACGGCGAUCUGGGCCAUUUCCAGUUGGCCAUUCAUUAUAUGCACUUCGCUCUUGCUGCCUACGGUUGGCCUAUGUUCCUCAUUAAUCAUUCUACGGGACUCUGCCAGUUGUGCACGAGGUUAAGAUGCGCUUGCUUUCCGUGUGGCAAUCAGGAGGAUGAAGCUACGAUAGUGGAAGAUAACUGUUGUCAAUGCAAUUAUACGGCUCUAAGGCAAAUGGUUAAAGUUGGCGAGGUCGAAGUUGUUUAUGCGACCUUUCAUGUGGACGUCGGGGAAACACCAUUUUUCGUAGCGCUCGAUUACACGAAAAAAAAGGUUGUCAUUAGUAUACGAGGAACGCUCAGUAUGAAAGACGUUUUAACAGAUUUAAAUGCGGAAGGCGAAGUGUUACCAUUAACCCCACCGAAAGACGAUUGGCUAGGUCAUAAGGGUAUGGUUCAAGCCGCAGAAUACAUACGCAAAAAGCUUCAAGAAGAGAACAUUAUCGCGCGAGCACUAUCGAAGGAUCCUUCGAGAGGUACCGAUCAGUUUGGAUUGGCAUUGGUUGGUCAUUCUCUUGGUGCAGGCACCGCAGCGAUACUUGCGAUUUUACUUAGGCAAGAAUAUCCGGAUUUGAUAUGUUUUUCUUUCGCACCACCCGGUGGAUUGCUCAGUAUGCCAGCUCAACAAUAUUCUCAAGAAUUUACGACGUCCGUGGUUGUAGGGAAGGACGUUGUCCCUAGACUAGGAUUACGACAGAUGGAAAGUUUAAGGGCCGACCUUAUCAAUGCGAUAAAAAGGAGCGUCGAUCCGAAGUGGAAAACGAUAGCUUGUUCGGUAAUGUGUUGCGGAUGUGGCUCGACACCAACAUCGGCGGCUAAUAUGGAGGCUGGUGGAUGUAUCAGCGAGUAUCAGAGAGACAAGGAUCUGGCACGAUCUCAAGCGAUCAUACCUAUGGAUUCGAGUAUCGCAUUGACCUUGCAUAGGCCGCUCUAUCCACCUGGUAGAAUUAUUCACGUAGUUCGACAUCAUCCUAAUAAGGGCGAGAAAAAGUAUGAAUCACGGUGGAGGCAGGUGUUGUCUAAACGCGAACCAGUCUAUCAGGCAUUAUGGGCAGGACCAUGUGACUUCGACGAGGUGUUGAUAAGUCCAGUGAUGAUACAGGACCACAUGCCGGAUAGCAUGCUGAAGGCUUUGAAUAAGGUUGUAACAACCCUGGGACCAGCAAAGCCACAGCGUUUGGCAUCUGGACACGCUUCGUCUGCUGAACCAUCGGAAGUCCGAGAAGUUGUGGAGGUCCAGGAGCUAGAGAUCGAGCAAGAAAUGAGGGCUCUUCUCUCACCUUCUACUCCGGUCAAAUGCCAGAGCAAUAAUCUAGCUGGGACACCACCUCACAAGCUUUGCCUCGAGACGAGCUUUACAUCAUUGCAGAGUCCGACGGAAUUCCCACAAGCUGGUCGAGAACUCAGCGUUGACUCCAGAGGAAUACCAUGGGAAUACGUCAGCUUGGCCAGCGACUUGCUCAACACACCACGACCAGAUGAUAGUAAAUUAUCGAAUCGUCGUGGAGAUUGGGAAGAUGUCUCUCGUACCGCACCCCUUGCCACCCCCGAAACAUUGUCCGAGACAUCAAGUAAUCCACCCUCACCCAUACCACCGCCAAGACCAAUGAGACGCACACCAAAGAUUCCGGGAAACUUGUCAACGGCGGCGGACGACCUCAAAAACAAUCUCCACUUUGCUAUGCUCUCGGCGAAGAAUUACUUUCUGAGGGAGGAGAAUAUUGGAAGUAAUAGCAGUAGUGGUAAUAGCGAAGCAAGCUACGAAAGUGCCAAGAGUUUGACAGCUGAUCUUCCGCCGCCUGUACCAAGAAGAAGGGAUUCGGUUAUCGUUAGAAGAGAACAAAGAGUAUGCACGGCUGCAUGUUGUAGAGAUGAUCUAUCGGAAAAUUCGUCCACUCGCGCGUCCUCUCAUUCCUCCAGAAUUUCACGUACGUCUCAUCAUGUGCAAGUAGAUUUUCCUGAAGGAGAUAACGAAACGAACGGAUCUAGUUUAGAUUUCUUCGAGGCUAAGGGUUCAUCAGGUCAACGUGAUAGCAGUAAUGAUGUGUUUCUUAGCGUUAGAAGUUCUCCAGAAUGUAAAGGCUUAAUGGCACCUGCCACCGAUCUUGGUGCCGAAUGGAAAAGAAGAUUCGACGUUACUGGUUUAAGUGGUGAUGCAUCUUUGCCUCUUCUUCGUGGUCUUUCGCCUACUCCAACUACCGCACAACACAGUUCUUCGCCGUUCUUUAAUGCUAAGCGAAAGAAAUAUGUUUAUCCUAUUACGUUGAUGGGUCGAGGCGAAAGCAGCGUCUAACAAAACAAAUAAGAAAAAAAAAAGAAGAAGGAUGAUCUACAAUUUUUACAAUAACUUUUCUAGCCUAAUCGAAUAAAGAAAGGUAAUUUUUCGAAAGGUCUGUUUAUCAGGUAUCGCCUUAUAUAUAUAUAUAUAUAUAUAUAUAUAUAUAUAUAUAUAUAUAUAUAUAUAUAAAAGGAAUCAUCGAUGGCAGCUGUUCAGAAUGAAGAUUAAACGAAACUUGUGCCAAUAUGAUCGAUCGCUUCAAAUUUCUUUAGAAAUACGCUCUACGAACGAUUAGAUUUUUAAAACAAUGACAAAUCGAUUAGAAUAUACGCUUAAAGAGUAACAUUGAUUUAUCGACUUAAUAAUCGAAUGACAAAUAUUAUUAAUAAACAGUGUUAGGCAAUAUAUAUUUGUUUGAAUUAAUGAUUGCAAUUAAUUUUUAUAUUAUAUUUAUUAAUGAUUGCAAUUAUUUAAUUAUCACUAGAAAUUAAUGAUAAGUGAGAUGAAAGUAUAUACGGAAUAUUUUGUCAAUGACACGAGUCUACAGAGUAAUUCGUCAAUGAUUUAAUGUAUCUACGGAGAAGUUUAGUCAAUGUACGAGUCUACGAAGCAGAGUUCGUCGAUAUGUGAAUUUUAAUCAUACGAUUCACAUCGGUGUAUAAGUAAACAUUUAAUCAUUAAUUGCAAUUGAUAAUUAAAUAUUUCAAUUGCGAAUCGUUAAUCGUUAAUUGAAUUAAAUAUUGACCAACACUGUGUUAAUAAAUCUUAAGAAGCGAUGAUGUGAUUAACACGAACAGUUUUACGUUUAAAUGAUAUCUUUUCUCUCUCUCUUUUUUUUUUUUUUUACAUACAUUUUAUAUCUUUCAUAAAAUUACAGAUGAAACGUGAAAAAAAAAGAGACUUUUUUAAUAAAAGUCAAUAGUUUAAUUAUCAUCCAUUACUUCGAAAAAUUUAAUUUUUUUUCGAGGAUGCAUUAUAGAUCAUUUAUAGAUUAUAACUAUGGUGAGAAUGUUUGAACGAGAUAAUAAAAGGAAUAUAAUAUGUUCGAUAAAAACAAUAUUUAAGAUUUGUACAAAGAGAAACAUCUUGAGGUUCGUGGUUAGAAAGUAAGAAAUUUGUUUCGUAAGUCAAACUACGCGCCAUGCGUAAGAUGACACUGGCCUAUCGAAUAUCGAUAUUUCUUGUUAGAAAAUUAGGAGCAAAUUCAUUUUGAUACAUUUCUAAUAACAAUACCUUUGUGAACUAGCAAAGAAUUAUUGCAUUUAUAUAUCUUUAUGUAAAUUAUCAUAUAGAUCAAACGAUUUCUUAUAUUUCAACUAUAAAAUUAUAUAUAUAUAUAUAUGUGUGUGUGUGUAUAUAUAUAUAUAUAUAUAUUUCUUAUUUUCUUUUAGGUUAGAAGAAUAACAAAAAAGAACAUUCAUCUAUUAGUGAUUUUUCAUACUUAACAUGUUUAUAAGAUCAAAAAUAGGAGAAAGGAAUUAGUAUACUAUGAUAUUAAAAAUGAACACACCAUGACACACAAGGUAGAUGAUGCAUUAUCAAAGGUUAUAAAGUCUCUCAUGGCAAUGUUUUUAAUAAUAAGAAUUUAAACAUUGUACUUGUGUACAAAGUAGAUGAAACGCGUAUAACGCAUAUAAUUCUAGUCAAUAUGGGAUAUAUUUAGAAAUAUAAUAUUUAUGGACUUAAUCAAAGUCAUACAUAUAGAAUAUCUGUAGAAAGAUGCUGUGCAAAGUUGAUUUUGAUGUGUAAUGAAAUAUAAUAAUUUAUAAGAAAUAAAAGAAUGAAAAGAGA